CCCACCGCGUCCUCCAUGGCUUCCUCGGAAGAUGCAGAAAAAUGCCUGCUGCACAGAGGCAGAUCUCAGAGCGACCCGAACAUCCUGAGCGAGUCCGGGAUGGAUUCUGCACACAGCUCAGAUACCAUAGAGCAGGAGAGGGUGCUGCGGUCCAGCUGCCUGGUCAGCGGGGUGCACACUCCCCCCAUCCGGCGUCACAGCAAGCUGGCCACUCUUGGCCGCCUCUUUCGGCCUUGGAAAUGGAGAAAAAAGAAGAACGACAAAAUGAAGCAAAGCUCUACAGAUGUGGCCCUUGCCUGUGGCCUCCACUCUCUGGAUUCCAGCUCUCACAUUCAGAGUGUGUCGAGUUCAGAGCUCCGGUUACCUGGCUCCCAUGGGCCCAUCCUCAGCAUCAGCAGCAUGGAGUAUCUCAGCUCAGAACAUGAACAUUUACCUACUGAGGACAACGAAACGACAGAAGAACCCAACAGAAACGAGGCAGAGGAGGUCAAGGAGGAGGACGCCACUUCAGCAGAUAACCCAGAUGGUAUAGAUGCUAACACAGAGAAAACAGAGGAAGAUGAUGAGGAAGAGUCACAAAGAGAAUCUCCGUUGGGCAACCACUGUGCUCUGGUUCCUCAGCUCAGCUGUGACGAAGAUCCUGCUAAAAUCCCUGUCCCAGUGGUACCCCAGUCUAACUCAUUCCUUCCCAAAGACGUGCCUAGGGUUCCAGACGGGCCAUGUUCUGUUUUUUUCCGAGGGUCAUUCACCAAUACAGUGAGCUCGCCUCAUAUAGGUACCUUACAUCCCCCACUGCCCCCUAGUAGCAUCAUUGAGGAACUCCAUCGUGCACUGGCAACAAAGCUUCGGCAAGAUAAUACGAAGCGAGAGCCAAGUGGAGAGGUGGAGAACAGGAAGGAGGCUGAGGAGAAUAAGGAAAAUGUGAGACAAAGCAACUGCUUCACAGACGCCUCAGGAAUUAUAUACGACAUGGACAGCUGGAAUGAAUCUGUUAUCUCUGGCACAUUGCCACGUCGCAUGAGAAAGGAGCUGCUGGCUGUGAAGCUGCGGAAUCGGCCCAGCAAACAGGAGCUGGAGGACAGGAACAUCUUCCCUGUGCGCAGCGACCAGGAGAGACAAGAAAUCCGGCAACAGAUCGAAAUGAAGCUCGCCAAGAGACUCAGUCAGCGGCCGGCCGUUGAGGAGCUGGAGGGUCGAAACAUCUUAAAACAGCGAAAUGACCAGACAGAGCAGGAGGAAAGGAGAGAAAUAAAGCAGAGACUUAACAGAAAGCUCAAUCAACGACCGACGGUUGAUGAACUGCGAGAAAGAAAGAUCCUUAUCCGUUUUAGUGAUUAUGUGGAAGUGGCCAAAGCGCAAGAUUAUGACAGGAGAGCAGACAAACCCUGGACUAGACUGUCUGCAGCUGACAAGGCAGCCAUCCGGAAAGAGCUGAACGAGUUUAAAAGCACGGAGAUGGAAGUGCAUGCAUCAAGCAAGCACCUAACGAGGUUUCACAGGCCCUAGAUUUUCUUCUGUGAAGAAAAGUUAAAAUAGAAAUACAAUGACAAAAUCCUGGAGAUGAUGUCAUUCGUGGGAAGUCCUUAUUCUUCCAGCGUUCCCAGUGCUGGGUGCGGUUUGUGAUGGAAGCUUCGAUGGCAAAAGACACAGCACCUUGAGGAGAGAACAGCAGUAGUGGACAGCUCCGCUCUGGGUUUGGAGAAACUGAGCCGUGAUCAAGGAUUUGUCUUAAAAGCUAAGACUGCUAAAAAGAAGUCAAGACUGAGUAAAAGUUUGUGUGCAUGUUAGAUCUACUUUAAAGGAUGGUGGAAACAAGUGAAAAGGUGGUGAGCCUAGUAAUCCUGAGUUUCAUAUCAGUUGUACAAAGUAACAGUCUCAACAGGGUUAUGUCAUUAAUAUUGGGGGUAAGAAAAGGAGAAAACUGUAAGUUGUUUGUUUUUGGAAUACAUUUAUAAGUGCUGUCUUAUCUUCAAUAUUGAGGGUCCCAAAGUCAAUGACUUACCAAGAAGG